AUGCUGCGCAUACCGUCAAUGACAUCAGAAAUCACUAAGGAGGCAAGAGGCAGCGUUAAAAAUUCGUUGGAAUCGGAAAGUGUAAAUAAUUGCUCUGAGACUUCGUACUUUCAUUCCGUUGUUAACUCACGCAGUCGCAGUCCGGAGAAAUGCAAUAGUAGUGGCUUCCAAAAGUCCAUCGAGUUUAGAGACCUCGUCUACGCUGUCUUUCAGGGUCGUGGUCUGCGACCCAAGUUUGUAUUAAAAUCAGUGUCUGGGAACUUCAAGAGCGGUGAAUUAGUAGCCUUGAUGGGACCUAGUGGUGCCGGCAAAAGCACUUUGAUGAAUGUACUUGCUGGCUUCAAAACUAGAAACGUCUCUGGUCAAAUUUUGGUAAAUGGGAAACCUCGUCAUCUUGCCUCCUUUCGACGAUCCUCCUGCUUCAUCAUGCAAGAUGCUCCACUGUUGUCGCAGUUGACGGUUGAAGAGGCGAUGAUUUGCAGUUCUCAACUUAAUUUGCCUCGGAGUUGCCCGAAAGACCAACGAAAAUUAAUUAUUGAUGAAAUUUUGCAGACUCUGGGUUUGUCCAAAGUUCGUAGCACUAUCACCGCUGAUUUGUCUGGAGGUCAAAGAAAACGCCUAUCUAUAGCACAAGAAAUGAUUAACAAUCCACCGAUCAUGUUCUUUGAUGAGCCCACGAGUGGUUUGGAUAGCGCUGCAAGUCUUCAGUGUAUCGUGGCACUGCAAACGAUAGCAAAGCAGGGCAGAACCGUAGUCUGCACCAUACAUCAGCCAAGUGCCACGGUCUUCGAUAUUUUUGAUCAGCUUUACUUCCUCCGAGCUGGUCAAUGCCUGUAUCGCGGUCCAGUGAAGCUUCUGGUUCCCUAUCUGGCCUCGUUGGGACUUCAAUGCCCUAGGUAUCACAAUCCCUCAGACUUUUUGAUGGAUUUGGCUUCUACUGAGGAGGACCAAACGACAGCAUCCUCUAUCCUCCUCGGUGCGGUCAAUGAUGGACGUCUAGAGAAGGAAGUUACACGUCUCCAGGCCUCUAGUUCGUUCUCAUUGCUCGAGUCUCUGAGCGCACCUGUCAAGGCGCCUGUCAAUGGCGAUGAAUUAGCCAACAGUGAGGAGGCAGGCAUGGGAACAUCCUCAACUCGGGUUGAUCGAAAGGACCAGUCAACCUUUCGAAAAACGACGCUGACUCGGCUCCGCCUGUUGGCGCAUGUUGUAGUCGGCAUACUGAUUGGCCUCCUCUAUUUCAAUAUCGGCAACAAUGGCUUCCAGGUGACCAAUAAUGCAGCCUUCAUCUUCUUCUCCGUCCUCUUUAUCAUGUUCUCCUCUCUCAUGCCCACAGUCAUGACAUUCCCGCUAGAAAUGCGUGUCUUUUUGACGGAACACCUGAACUAUUGGUACAGUUUUAUUUUUGCAAUCAUUUACGGUAUGAUUGGCUACUUCAUGACGGAUCAACCACUGGAGUUCAAUCGUUUUAUGAUCUUCCUCACCAUGCUCGUACUAACCGCUUUUGUAGCACAAUCCCAAGGUUUACUCAUCGGUGCAGCCACUGAUCUUGAGGUAUCCGUUUUUCUGGGUCCUGCGACAGGCAUUCCGAUAAUCCUCUUCUCGGGAUUUUUCAUAACUCUGGACACUAUUCCAAAGUACUUACAGUGGCUCUCCUACAGCUCGUUCACUCGCUACGCUUUUGAGGGUUCUAUGAAGGGCAUCUAUGGCAACAAUCGAGGUGAAAUGAAUUGCUCCAAAAAACCGACCACAAGUUCCGUUUUUCCUUGCAUGGCCGAUCCGCAGUCAGUGCUCACUUUGUUCAGUGUCAGUCACUAUCACUAUGGCAUCGAUAUAACUGUGCUCAUUGUCUUCUUCAUUAUACUACGUAUCCUCUGUUUUUUUGUCCUUAAGUGGCGUGCGCGCAGUUCCACGUAA